AUGAAGAAUUCUGAUUCAAAAUAUAUCCUUGGAAAAUCCAGUGGAACAUAUGAUGCUCUUCCAUCAACCAAUUUAUUUAGUCCAUCUUGUGAUGAGUACCAGCAUGGAUUCGCUCCUUUUAUUUUAUCAUCACCAUCCGGAAAAUUGGAAAGUUCUGAUACCCUUCUACCCCAGUCCAGUUGGCCCUCCAUGUUUUACUACACUCCAGCAGCUAUACCUUUACCUGCCGCUUUUUUUGAUUAUGCACUGCUGCCUGGUGUUCCAACUGCAACUGAAUUCAUCCCAACUGGUCCAGACGAAACAGUCCUGAUUGACAUACCCAAUGCCCCAGGUGUAUAUAACAGAAAUGAUUUUCAAGUGACUUGUAAUGGCGAGAGAACUUCUAUAUAUUCAGCAGAAAAUGCUUUCAGAGACUGUGAAGAAGGUGUAGGUUAUGUAACUUUACACAUACCAGCAUCUACGAUGUCCACAGUUAAUACAUAUUCAUUCCCAAAUGAAAAUGGAAAAUCAUCUCAAUCAUUGAAAACAGAGCAAUUCCUUGAUAAAACAGGUAAAGAAUCUCCAGAAGGUUCAAUUAAGGCCGAUAUGUAUGAUGAAAAUAAAAUAAAAUACAAAGUUUCAGGUAUAGAGGAAGAUGAAAAACAAAAAGAUGAUGUAAAGAAUGAAUGUUCUCAAGAAAAUUCGGAUGAACUGAAAAGACAGAACCUGACCAUCACAGGCAUGCCUAUGCAAGAACCAAUAGUUAUAUCUCAGAAUGAAAGGAUUUGUGUAAUUAUGGAUGCCCCAACAUCUGAUACAGAUUAUUCUGGUUUCUAA